GCUCUUCCUAUCUGAUGAACCAGGAAAUCUAUAGCAACAGAGUUUGUCAUGUUAACUGUGUCUGGGGAGACCUGGUUGCUUAUUCUUUGGGUGGGAGUUCUGGUUUGUUUUCUUUCUAAUCUAGGUUCUCAGUAAACCUUUGCCAUGAAACCUUUGCUUUUCUCAGUAUUUCUACUUCUCCUAUUCUUUUCUUCCUUGGGACAGGUAUUUAAUGAGCAGGUUCACUUGGACUUAGUGAAGUCCAGCCCCAAUGUGAAUAAAGCUGAAGGGAGGGAAAACAGGUCCCUGCAAGAGUCUCAACAGUUGAAACCAGACCUGGGGCUCCCUUGGAUGUUGGUGUAUGUCCCUGUGAGAAGUUGUCAUAGAGUCCUGAAGGAAAAGCUUGGGGAGUUUUCUCCUCCAACAUAUAACCCUUUUCAGCUAAAUAUUUGGUGCAACUGGACUAUAUGGGCAGGUUCCAGAAAACACAUAAUCAUUUAUAUCAAAGGAUUUAUGACCAAUGAGGACUGUGACACAAAUGAUGAUAAAAUCCUAUUUCAUGGAGUCUCUUCAUUAGUAGAAAACACUGUCAUCUAUGCUUGUUGGAACAAGAACAUUCAUGUCUUUGCCACCUAUGCCCGGGCUGUCCAUGUAGUAUUUCUGAUGAAGUAUUCUUCAAAUCCUAGAAACAAAUACUUUAAAGGAAAGUAUUAUAUAUUCAAACAUCGUGACAUUGACUCCUCUUCUGACAAUAUCUUAGUUUCUCAAGCCCCUAUUCCAACAUCAAAGAAAACUAGUCACAGCACUCCCAGAUCUAACAAAGUAUCAGUAAUAUACCAUGGAGAGAUUUCAGAUGAUACAAACAUUAGUACAGCUUUAAGUACUGAGAAUCUUAACAAAAACCUUAACAAGACAACUGUACUUAAUAACACAGGGUUAUUACAGGUAGGUGGUGAAGGUCAAAAUGUUGAAGUUCUUGAAAGUUCUCUUCAGCUUAUACCUCAGCAUGAUGCAAAGUCUCAACUUUUAAAAACAGAAGCUCAUAGCUUGCUGGAGUCUCUCACUUUGUCUACAUCAGUGGACAAAGAAAAGAAUCUUGGCAUAGGAAAGUCUUUUGGAAGCCUACCUCAAACUGCAGCACCUGAUAUCUGGGAGUUGAGACCCGCAGAGUGUGAAGAAGUCCUGGUAGACUUUAGCCAGGUGUACAGGCCAAAAAGUCUUUCAGGCUUUCUUUCUGAGACUUCUUACUUAAGUGUUUCUCAUCUAACUGAACCCUUGAAAUCUAUGGAGUUAGAAGGACCAGAAAGCAGAAUGUCCUUUUUACUCACUAGUUUGAGGCAAACUAAUAUGGGGGAUUUACAACUGAAUAUAAAUCCAACACCCCUGAGUUACCCUGUCCUGGCCUCAUAUUUGCAUUCCGUAGCCCAUGACAGAGUGGAAACUGUAGGAGACAAGAAUAUUGGCUCUACCCCUUCCCAAAGUCUCAGCAGGGUUACCUUGGUGAAUGAUGGUCUUUUGCAGCCAAACAUCGUGGCUUGUAUGGUGGCGAGCAGUCCCAGUGAUAGGCUUGUGAAAGGUUCACUGCAUAGCCUCCGAAUGACCAGUCAGGAUCAAGUUGUGCUUGAUCAGUCACAACCUGAGACAAGGGGAAUGGAUAAAGCUGGAAGUUACCAAAUAAGCUCCACUCAGAGGAUCAGUGGAGAGAAGUCUGUAACUGAACUGGAUCUGAGAACAAUCCUUAAAAAUAUUAACCCUCUUGACGUUUCUGUUCUGGAAAGUUCUAUGGAAGUCACUGACCAGCCGAAAAUCAUGUUGGUUACUGCAGCACCAUAUGGUUUGUUAGACAGUGAGUACCAUUUGAGGCUCCAAAGCAGUCAACAUGUGGAUUCAGCUUCUACAGAACUAGAAAGCAUCCUUCCAAGUACAGAAGGAUCCCUGCAUCAAGCUGCUAAAGUGAAUGUGUCAGAGGUUUUCCAUUUGGGCAUGAAGAGCAGCCAGCAGGUGGGCCUGGUGAUGGAACUGGAGCCUAUUCCAAGUACUGAAGUUUCUCUUCCUCCAGCUGCUUCAGAACUAGAGCUCCUCCCAAGUAUAGAAACCUCCCUUCCUGUUUUCCUCACAGAACUGGAGCCAGUCAUCCCUGUCCCACAUACAGAACCAUCCCUUUCUCCAGCUGCCUCAGAACUGAGCCCUAUCCUCUUCCCAAGCACAGAAGUGUCCCUUCCUGUUUUUCCCACAGAAAUGGGGCCUGUCACCUCAGCACUGGAGCCUGUCACCCCUUUCCCAAGUACAGACCCAUCCCUUUCUCCAGCUGCCUCAGAUCUAGGCCCUGUCCUCUUCCCAGAUACAGAAGUGAUCUUUUCUCUGGCUGCUAUAGAACUGGAGCCUAUCAUCCCAAGUAAAGAAGCAUCCCUUCCUCCAGCUGCUCAGAGAGCUAGUGCACUUGGAAACGAGCUCCAUUUGAGAACAAAAAGCAGCCACUACACUGACACGGACACAGAGCUAGAUCAUAUCAAUCUAAGUACAAGAGUGCUGCUUCCUCCAGCUGUGGAGAAGGACCUGUUGGAAGGCAAGCCUCAGUCAAAGCCACACAGUGACUGCUAUGGGGCUCCAGCUGCUACAGAACAUAGACAUGCCCUCCCAAGUACAACACAGUCUCUUAAAUUCUUUCUUCAAGAAAGGAAAAUCAGUGUCCAACAAUCAAUACUGAAAGGUGAGAGAGAGAGCAUCCAUGAGGCAGAAACUGCACAACCUGGAAAGUCUGGUGAAAGGACUUUAAUCACAGACUUCAUCGCAGGCACCUUCUUCUCAGACACAACUCAGCUGCAAGCCUUAAAACCAGAACCUGAGCUUGAGCUUCUUGGAUCUGAGGGCCAUACAAUUAAACUUUCUCCAGUAACUGAGUACCUUGCUAAAACACCCUUAGUGGGAACAAGGACGAAUAGAGUAAAGCAAAAUGAGCUAAUUUUUAAAAAUGGUCUUAUGGCCUCUAGCACUAGGGCUACUCCACCUCUGGAGCACAUAGCCAUGAAUAAUAAAGUUAAAAUGACAACUGAGCCUGUAAAGGAGAUGAGUAACACCCCACUGAAACACACAUUCCCAGAUACCACAAAACAUCACAAAGUGCAGCAAACCACUGAGUGGAGCAGUGCCUCUCAGAGCUCUGCUACUGCAUCUAGUAACGCUCUGACUCCAGCUGAGGAACUGGCACCAAAAGAGAGCAUAGAUUCACAUUCUUUCCAAUCCUCUUCUACUCAUGCACCUGAGAAUGCAUCAACUUCAGAAGCAAGAGUCCUCCUGAACUAUAUUGUGCCAGAACUACCUUGGUUGUUGCUGUAUCUUCCUAUAAGAAGUUGCCACGUCACCUUGAAAGACAAAAUUGGGACAUUUUCCCCACCAGCACAUAGUGGUAUUCAAACCAACAUCUGGUGCAACUGGACCAUUUGGGCAGGCCCCCAAAAACACAUCCUGAUUUACGUGAAGGGAUUUCAGGGCAAGGACAAUUGUGAUGAAAACCCAGAUAAAAUAAUUUUUCAAGGGGUCUCAUCAAGUGUGGAAAGAAAAGUAGUUUAUGCUUGUAAGAACCAAGGUACUCUGAUCUUUGCUACUCAGGCUCUGGCUGUCCAUGUUGUGUUUCUUUCCAAGGGCAAUUCCUUAAACCAUGAACGCAAAUAUUUCAAAGGACAGUAUUAUGUAUUCAAAGACUAUGAAACUUCAAGAUCUACAAAUGAUACUCAAGAGCCAGUUCAGAAAACAACUAGGAAAACUAAGUAUGGCAGUAUCAGAUUCUACCCUAAAUCACCCAUAAAACACUACAGAGGUCUUCUGGAUUUUGUAAAGACCAGUACAGCUCGUAAUGAAAAUCAACUGCUUAACAAGCUGCCUACAGUAGACAAAGAAGGUUGGGACAAAAAUGGAAGCUCAACAAGACUAGAAGCUUUCUUAAGGUUUGUUCUUGAGAACAACACACACAUCCCUCUCUUAAAAGACAUGGACAUGACCUUCAGCACUCGUGACCUGAAGUGGCAGCAGUUUAUGAAAUCUUUGGGUAAUGAAAACAGUAGUAGAAAGUCAGAAGGUUUUUCUUCCCUAAUGGUAACACCAGCAUUAAAUAUAUUGAGGCUAAACAUUCAAAAUAAAAAAGAGCAAACUAUUGCUUUUGGUAAACUUAUGCACAGGCCAACAAUCCACUCAAACCUGCUCUCUGAGACUCUGCAUUUAAAGGAGCCCAUGAAAUCUGUGGCGAUGCAAAGUGUCAAAACAACAAAGUCAGUAGGACCCCAGCACAGCUCAAUACUAGCUGAACUCCAGAGUGUGGCUGAAGACCUACAGCCAGAUAGAAAUUCUACUCCUCAUCGUGGUUUGAAUGCUCUGCUCUUCCCAUGUGCCCCACAGAGAUUGCAAACAACCUCUUCUCAAAGCUUUAGAGCUGCAUUGAUCAAAGAAGGAGAGGUGCUCCAGUCAAACAGUGUGAACAAUGAGAGAGUGGCCAGUCAUCCUGCUGCUUUUGUGGAAGACUUCCAAUCUAAUGCCAGGCUGAGCAGGGAUGGUCAAGAAAUAAUUAGUCAGCUAAAGCAUGUGAUGAACUCUGAGAGAAGCAUUAAAGACCAUCAUAUUGAACAUCAAACACACAGAAAGGGAAAUGGCACAGGUGAUCUGUACACAAAGCCAGCUUCUGCCCUCAAAAAUGUUAAAUUAAAUGUUGAGCCUCUUACUUUGGGAAUGCCUAAGAAAGCUCUUGAAACAGAGUCCAUCAUGGUUACUGUAGCCCCACACAAUACACUGGAUGUCUCUAGCAGUUACCACGCAGAGACCACUGCUACUGAAUUCAAACCUGUUCUCCCGAGCAGCACCAGAAGCAGCCCAUUGGGAAAGACAGCUGCUGCCUCUGCACACCUUGGUACUCCAGUAACCCAAGACCAAGAACCUCCACUGAUCCUGGGCACACAAUUGCAUCCUUCCUAUCCCUCUUCUGGUGGGGUAUCAAAGGACACUGCAUCCUUGAAAACAGAACAUGAAAAAGAUUCCUUUGACCAUCUUAGGACUCUUCAUUACAGAAGCACCUCAGACUGUAACCUGAUCACUAGGCCUAUUCUUUAUAAAGCAUCACUAGCACAAAUGGCCCAUCUGUUUAAAGAUCUGGCUUCCAUCUUCACAUCUCUUGAAAAUGAUACCAUGUUGGAAUCCCAGCACAAUCCUGGAGAUGUCUUGUUUGAAGUAACUAGUGAAAUUGAACACAAGGGAUGGAUCCCUCAUAGUGGAGAUGAGCUGAAAAAGGCUCUCAUGGAAUCCAUUAAGCUUCACAUACAAAAGAACCUGAAACUCUUGAUAAACAAAGUCAAUGAAAUCAAGUUAAAGGAAAUCAAAAGGACAAAUGACCUAAAACCAACAUUCACUUUCUGGUUACACUUAAAAUCAGAGGAAAGGAAUAUGUCUGUUUUACUCCAUUCUCAACUGAAUGAUCUCAUUGGCAAACCAGUGGAAGCUGAGAAGUUGCAGAUGGCUUUAUUGUCAGUUAGAGAUGUGAAUGAAUGCAACUCUGGAAUUGGAAUGUGUGGUGAUGAGGCUGACUGCCUCAAUGAAGAUGGCACUUACUUAUGUCGCUGUAAAAAAGGGUAUGAAGAUCGAUCUCGGAUGAAAUCUGGCACGCUGUGCGUCCGCAUUCCACAAUCAGGUAUUGGUGGCUUCUUCAGCUACAUGGAAAUUCUGGUAGGUACUACAGUAUUCUUCAUCUUCAUCCUCGUGGUGGUGGCAAGCAGUCUGUGCACAAUACUCAGGAAAAGACCCACGAAGAAGGACUCUUGUAUUGAGGAGCCUGUUGCAAGUGGAACACCUUCAGUACAGUCUCAACUGCCUGCAUCUUCUAUUGAUCUGAGUACCCUGGGUGAUCACCUGAUCCUAGACCCCUUCCGGCCAAAGCUCCGAGCCAAGCCCCCAGAAUGGACAUCACAAGUGCGAAGCAACCCAACUGAGACUUACAGAAUCUCCAUUGAGCAGUCUGAACGUCUGUAAAGCAAACCUAUGCUGAAAAUUUGAGUUUUUUCUACUGAUCACCUCUUAUUUACCAUUCAUGAGCUGAAAUAGCCUAUUCCCUUCAACAGAACUUGAACAAUCCUGUAUCUCCUACACUUAUUUCUGUUGGCUGAAGUGAACAGUGCUAUGGCUUAAAGAAAAUUUAUUUUAGUUCUUGGUGGGAUACUUGACCCUUGUAUUGUCUGUUGGUUUCAUAUCUGAUUCAUUGUUGUAACUUGAAGGAGUUGUUUCUGCGAACAGCUCGCCUGUAAAUAAAGCUGGUAUCUCACUAUGCAUGGAAAAAGUACACCUUGUGUGCUAUUGGUAUUGGAUGCAAGGAGUGGGAAAGGAUGGAAGACUUCAGUUAGAGGGGAAACCUGAAAAGGAUUAUAGUUUAAGCAAGCUAACUGCCUCUUGUUAGGCAAAGAAGUCAACUGAGAACCAGAAGUAAAUUAAAGCAGUACCUGGGCGUCUCUUAACUGUAUUGCCCUUGGUCUUUCUGCUACACGCUUUCUUCCUUUUUUUUUUUUUUUGUUUGUUUGUUUGUUACCUAGGCACUCUGCAGUCUACCUUGCUUUCUUUGCCAUACAACCUAAUCCUCCUAUGUAUGCAUGCAUGCUCUAAUGUAAAACAGAUUUAAUUACAUAAAUGUGGUGUCUUUAUAACAAAUAUCCCAUCUAGUCUUACCUUUAAAUUCUAGCUGUACAGAAUUCCAGCUUUAUUGUUUUAAAUUAGAACUUCAUAGAAAUGACUUGUCUGAAAAUAAGGGUAUGUUGUGCAUGAAAUUUUUAUGAGGGGUUUUGGAGGGGGGGAUGAGAUCCUACUUAGUCGGGGGUUCUUUGUUAUGUCUUAUCCUUGUCAUUACACUAGAAUAAAAUAGACUUUAAAAAAUGACUGCAACUUAAUUGUGAGGCCUGAAGGUAAUGAGGAAAUAGUCCUGUAAGGCUAUUCUUUGGAGCUGCUCAAGCUUUGUAAGCUUGCUUUUA